UUGGGGAAAAAAAUAAACAGGGGUCUAAUAAUUCUGACUUCAACUGUAUAUAUGUAUGUAUAAUCUCAAAGUUUAACAGAUGUUAUACAUCCACCAUUAUUACAUGAGUUCUGGAUGUACGAAUUACAUUAAAAUGUUUCCACUGAAACUGUUUUCAUUCAAAAUGGCCUCUCAGCUGAGCUCUCCUCCAUGACAUCAAGAUUAGAACUCUGCACUGCUGUUCUAAACUGAUGUUCUGACUCUCGAGCGCUGUUGGUGUGUUUAGGAGUGAACUGAUCGACAGCUACUUUCGUGUCUUUCAGUGUUUUUUGACGACUUUUGAAUUGAGCAUUGACUGUUCAUAAUGUCACUGUUUACCAGUGUAUUUCGGCAGCUGUCUGCAUGUUUUACACCUUCAUGGGGCAGAAGGCUGAGCCCUCAGAUCGCUGAUAUAGGUGCAGAGGCAGGAGAAAGCAAGGCCAUGUCCACACAGAAACACCGCAAGGUGAAGUCCCAUCAUGGACACAGACCGGGCAAAGAGGGAGAGGGUCUGAAAGACCAGGCUGAAGAGGAAAAACAAGCUCUCAGUGCUGAAAACAUACAGAGCACCGAGAGAGAAGGAGGAAACGGAGAACCUGGAGGAAAGAAAAGAAAGAGGAGAAAGCUGAAAAACAAAAAGACUCUUCCUCUUCCUGUAGAGGUCAAACCUCUGCCAGCUCCAGCCUGUUUCUCCUCCUCCCCUCCAGUUGGAGAUCAACCUGAACAUCCAGAUGUCCUCGCUCUCCCAGCUGCUGGCCUCAAACCUCUGCUGAAAGACAAAGAGUCUCUUCCUCGUCUUGUUGAGGUCAAACCUCUGCCAGCUUCAGCCUGUUUCUCCUCCUUAACACCAGUUGGAGAUCAACCUGAACAUCCAGAGGUUCUCGUUCUCCCAGCCUCUCACCUCAAAGCCUUGUCACCUCUCUCAAACCCAGCAUCCCGUCCUCAAUCGCCUGUUGAGGAAACUGAUGAGGUGCUGCCAAGCUCAGUGAUCCAAGUGGCUCCAUGUGUCUCUCCAGAACCAGUCCUCCUUCCCCUCCAGAGCUCUUCUGAGGUGGCUUCUCUGUGCUCGAUUCCUUCAUUCAGUGAGCCGUCUCUCCUCCAGAGUCCUCCUGAAACGCUGCCGAUUCCUCCAAUCUUUGCGUUUGACGAGGUGGUGUCUCUUGUAAAGCCUCAAGCAUCUGAGUGUUCUCCCUCUUCAGGCCUCAUGCUCUUUGACUUUGAGGAUGAGGAGCUUGAAUUUAUGGAGUACACGGAGGAAGACAUAGAAGCUUUCUAUGAGUCUGAAAUGAAGCCGAGGCGGAUGGCGGCUUGGCUGGAGCAGGAGGAAGUGACGGAGGUCCAGAAAGAUGGAGGAAAGGGAGCCUCGCAGGUCAUACAAAACCCGCUGAAUGAGGUGUCUCGUGAUGAGGCGUUUGAGGAGCUCCUGAUUCAGGCGUUCUGCACCGGGCCUCCUGUGUACACCGAAAUCAAGAGCAGGAAGAAGCCAAAGAGGAACGGCCCGCUGGUUCUGUUCAGCUUGAUGGAGGAGAAGGUGAAGAAAAAGCAGGAAAAGAAACUGCGUAAGGAGGAGGAGAGAAAUGAGAGAAAUCUCCUGCGGGAACGCUACAGAAAUGAUCCAAAACUCAAACACUUGUGCAUCAAUAAGCACAAUCCCAACUUCUGCUGGUCCUGAAGCGGAUCACCGUCCCUCCCUGACACCUCCUUACACCUUUACCCUACUGCACAUUCCUGCCUGUAAAUAAAAGUGUGCAUAGCAAAGCUGAAUGUUUCAUGACUCUUUCUUAUCACUGCACGUUUUAUUUCUAAUGCACUGGAAGAAAUAUAUCUCA